AUGGCAUACGAUCUUGAAUUGGACUUGUUCCGAGCGAUGUGUGCAGCUGCUUGGAUUCUAUUUGCUCUAAUCAUGAAAAAUCUAGUUCUACUCGUGAUAUUAGCUGUUCAGCGAAGAAAAAAUGCUAUGUAUAAAGUGCCUGAAGAUGUGGAAACGUUCAGUGCUGCUCAACAGCAUUCGUCUACAGAUGAUUGGAGUUUGGCCGGACGUAUUCAACGUGUAUUAGCAAACGAUACUGAGUAUAUUCCUUACUUCAUAGGUUUACUCAUCUUUUUCUUCUGCGGACUACCUGCUACCGGAGAUCAGAGACAACAUCAUCUUGCUCGAGUGUUAACCUACGGUCUCUUCUUUACUCUUGGCCGGUAUUUACAUACAAUAGGCUAUUUAGCUAAACGUACAUAUAUACGCAUUGCUGGAUUUCUUAUUACUAUUAUUUUUCUUUUUGUAAUAUCAAUCGAUCAUGUGUACUACGUUACCAAAGCCUUAAAUAAUUAUAAAUCGAAACCCUAG